AUGGUAAAGAAAAUUAUAAGUGUUGGUGCUAUCCUCCUCUUGGCUCUCAUGGCCAUGGACGAAGUCUUAGCCACCACCGUGACAACCACCGUGACCACCACCACAAUCGAUGAAGAGGAGAAUCAACAAUGCCACAGAGAGAUUCAGACACGCAGCUUCCCAAAUUGCGAGACGUACCUGAAGCUCGAAUUUGAUAGAGCUGAUGCCACAAUAAUGUUGCCCUAUUCCAAAAAACAUUAUAAAAGACGUUGCUGUAGAAAUGAGCUGAGCGGCAUCGAUAAGCAGUGCGUGUGCUUUGCUGUGAGGACUAUGAUGAAGAACAUGAUGGACAGUGGCCGCCUCAGCGCUGAGGAUAUGGAGGCUAUGCUCGAGCUGGCUGGAGAUCUUCCUACCGUGUGCAACUUACGAAAACACCCGUGCUGA